CUCGCCGGCGGUGUUUUGGGGGAGUUUUUUUUAUAUUAAAAAAAAAUAAGGGGAUAAAAAAUAAUUCCCCGCAUAUUCAACAAAAUCAUGCUAGACCAUUCAAGUUGCUUAGGGGCUUGUGGGAUUCGAUUGGCAGCGCGGUUGGCGGGAAGGGCGGGCGGUUGGACGGUCCCGGCCCCGGGUCACGUGAUGGGAGAUGGCGGCGGGAGGCGCUUGACAUGGCGGCGGCGGCUGGGCAGUGAGCGGGCGCCGUGUCCUCGCCUCACAUCAGCGCAGCGAUGACAGACCCAGGCCAAGAUCUUCUGCUUGCUGCUCUGAGCGAAAGUGGGAUUAGCCCGAAUGACCUUUUUGAUGCAGAUCCACUGGACACUGGCUUGAUGUCUCCUCUGUCAUCUGGUGGCUUGCAGCAGCCACCAACAGCUACCACUUUUGUGCUAAAUCAGCUGAAUCAGCUGCCAAACCUUGGAACAACAUUAAUUGUGACAAAGGCACCUGUAAAUACAGUAUCUCGUCCCACAGUCACUGUAGCAAAAAUAAUUCAUAACAGCUCCCUCGCACUCACCUCAACUGCUGCUCCAGCAUUGGCUACGGCAUCAUCCAAGGACCAGAUCCAACUUAAAGACUUGCUUAAAAACAACAGCUUAUCUGAACUGAUGAAAAUGAAGCCACCGUCUAAUAUUGUUCAACCCAUUACAACAGCAGCCAAAAUUGUACUACUCACUUCUAAGAUGGCAAAUAAUCCAGCUGAUUUGAACAAUGGUGUGAAGAAGGAAUCACUGAGUAAAGAGGUGACUCGAAUAUGGGUCAAUGAAGACAUCAAAGUGCGGAGCUUCUCUCCCACUCCGAAAUUGCCUCUGAAAGAUGAAGAGGAACCUGAGGAGGAGGACGAUGAGGAGAUGGGGCAUGCGGACACAUAUGCUGAAUAUAUGCCAAUGAAGUUAAAAGUUGGAUUGCGCCAUCCUGAUCCAGUUGUGGAGACCAGUUCCUUAUCAAGUGUGACACCUCCUGAUGUUUGGUAUCGGUUGACUCUACAGGAGGAGACCAUUGACAGUGGCUGGCUGUCUGCUUUGCAGCUGGAAGCAAUUACCUAUGCUGCUCAGCAACAUGAAACAUUCCUCCCCAAUGGGGACCGUGCUGCCUUCCUGAUAGGGGACGGGGCUGGUGUGGGUAAAGGCAGAACCAUUGCUGGCAUCAUUUUUGAAAAUUACCUUCUUGGUAGAAAAAGGUCAAUAUGGUUUAGUGUAUCCAAUGACUUGAAGUAUGAUGCUGAAAGGGAUCUGAGAGACAUUGGAGCAAAAAAUAUUCAGGUUCACGCGCUGAAUAAGUUCAAGUAUGGAAAAAUCUCUUCCAAACAAAAUGGAAGUGUGAAGAAAGGUAUCAUUUUUGCAACAUAUUCUUCACUAAUUGGUGAAAGUCAAUCAGGUGGAAAAUAUAAAACCAGGUUAAAGCAGCUUUUGCACUGGUGCGGAGAAGACUUUGAUGGGGUUAUAGUUUUUGAUGAAUGCCACAAAGCCAAAAAUCUGUCACCUGUUGGUUCUUCAAAACCCACAAAAACUGGACUGGCAGUAUUGGAACUGCAGAACAAAUUGCCAAAGGCACGCGUCGUGUAUGCCAGUGCAACAGGUGCAUCAGAACCUCGCAAUAUGGCUUAUAUGAAUCGACUUGGAAUCUGGGGUGAAGGCACACCAUUCAAAGAGUUCAAUGAUUUCAUUCAGGCUGUUGAGAGGAGAGGCGUUGGGGCAAUGGAAAUAGUUGCCAUGGAUAUGAAGCUAAGAGGAAUGUAUAUAGCAAGACAACUGAGCUUUUCUGGAGUAACCUUCAAAAUUGAAGAAGUUCCCCUCUGUCUAGAUUACAUAAAGAUGUAUAAUAGAGCAGUAAAGCUGUGGGUGGAGGCAAGGGAGAAAUUUCAAAUGUCAGCGGAGCUGAUUGAUGCAGAGCAGCGAAUGAAGAAGUCCAUGUGGGGGCAGUUCUGGUCGGCACAUCAGCGCUUUUUUAAGUAUCUCUGCAUUGCUUCCAAAGUUAGGAGAAUAGUGCAACUUGCCCGGGAAGAGAUCAAGAAUGGAAAGUGCGUGGUUAUUGGUCUUCAGUCGACUGGAGAAGCACGGACCCUGGAAGCUCUGGAAGAAGGAGGUGGUGAACUGAAUGAUUUUGUUUCAACUGCUAAAGGUGUUCUUCAGUCUUUGGUUGAGAAACAUUUCCCAGCACCUGACAGAAAGAAGCUUUACAGUUUGUUGGGGAUAGAAAUGAAUGUGCCCAGUAAUCAAGACUCUCCCAUUGACAGUCCAUCAAGACAAAACAAAGGGAAAAAACGGAAAGCUAAUGAGGACAAACGGGAAGCUAAAAAAGCCCGCAAGUCCAAAGGGCUGGCUGGGAGCAGCUCAUCGGGGAGCGAAUCUGAAGGGUCUGAAAGUGAAGGCAGUGACGCAGAAAGUUUUCAUUCUGUUAGUUCUGCUGACGAUGACUUCAACCCUUUCAGAGAUGAAUCUUCCGAUGAAGAGGAUGAUCCUUGGUUAGUAAGGAAAGACCGGAAGAAAGACAAAGAAAAGAAAAAGAAAAAGAAAAGCAUUGAUCCAGAUUCUAUCCAAAGUGCCUUGCUAGCAUCUGGCCUUGGAUCUAAAAAGCCCAGCUUCUCCACCACGUCAAUAAGCAGCACAACCAACAAUGCACUUCCUUCAGGUAACAGUAGCCAUAGUAUUGUAGCCAGCCAAGACGCAGUAGAAAGAGCCCAGCAAAUGAAACGAGAGUUACUCGAGAGACUGGACAGGCUCGCUGAAGAUCUACCUCCCAACACACUGGACGAACUCAUAGACGAGCUUGGUGGCCCGGACAACGUGGCAGAGAUGACAGGCCGGAAAGGUAGGGUUGUGAGCAACGAUGAUGGCAGUAUAUCUUACGAGUCUCGGUCCGAACUUGAUGUUCCUGUGGAAAUCCUCAACAUCACGGAAAAGCAGCGGUUUAUGAACGGGGAGAAGAAUAUUGCGAUAAUUUCGGAAGCAGCCAGUUCUGGGAUUUCAUUGCAAGCAGAUCGCAGAGUAAAGAACCAACGGCGACGUGUGCACAUGACACUGGAGCUGCCUUGGAGUGCAGACCGUGCCAUUCAACAGUUUGGUAGAACACAUCGGUCAAACCAGGUGACUUCACCCGAGUAUGUUUUUCUAAUAUCUGAAUUGGCAGGUGAACAGAGAUUUGCUUCUAUUGUUGCAAAGAGGCUUGAAAGUUUGGGUGCCCUAACUCAUGGUGAUAGACGUGCCACUGAAACCAGAGACCUGAGCAGGUUUAACUUUGAUAACAAGUAUGGACGGAAUGCCUUGGAAAUAGUCAUGAAGUCCAUUGUAAAUCUAGACAGUCCGCUGGUGUCAUCACCGAAAGACUACCAUGGGGAAUUCUUCAAAGAUGUUCGACAGGGAUUAAUUGGUGUUGGUUUAAUAAAUAUAGAAGACCGUUCAGGACUGCUUACACUGGAUAAAGAUUACAACAAUAUCGGCAAAUUCCUCAACCGGAUCCUAGGCAUGGAGGUGCACCAACAGAACGCACUCUUCCAGUAUUUUUCAGAUACUUUAACCGCUGUCAUUCACAAUGCUAAAAAGAAUGGAAGAUAUGAUAUGGGAAUUUUAGAUCUGGGUUCUGGGGAUGAGAAGGUGAAGAAACUAGAAGCUAAAAAAUUCCUUACUCCUGGAUAUUCGGUGUCAGGACGUGUUGAACUGUACACUGUAAGUGUUGAAAGAGGAAUGUCCUGGGAAGAAGCUACAAAGAUUUGGGCAGAGCAAAUGGGACCGGAUGACGGCUUCUAUCUGUCAAUGCAGAUAAGAAAUAACAAAAAGACAGCAAUCCUUGUGAAGGAAGUUAACACCAAGAAGAGACUGUUUAUGAUGUACAGACCAAACACUGGCAAACAGCUCAAGCUGGAGAAUUAUAUUGACGUAAAAAAGAAGUAUAAAAAGGUCUCCUCUGGGGAAGCAGAGUUGCAUUGGUUGGAGCAGUACAAGUCCUCUGCAGACACGUGCACUCAUGCAUAUUGGCGCGGAAACUGCAAAAAGGUGAGCCUUGGAAUGGUUUGUGAAAUUGGACUGCGGUGCCGCACGUACCAUGUCCUCUGUGGCUCGGUUCUUAGUGUCUGGACCAAGGUGGAAGGUGUCUUGGCGUCAGUGAGUGGGACAAAUGUAAAAAUGCAGAUUGUGCGAUUGAAAACGGAAGAUGGGCAAAGGAUUGUAGGUUUGAUCAUUCCUCAAAACUGUGUCUCACCAUUGGUGAACAUUCUGUCGACAUCGGACCAGUCGCAGCAGCUGGCUCUGCAGCAGCAACAGAUGUGGCAACAACUGCAUCCGCAGAGCAUGAGCCACGUGAGCAACACAUAGUUGCUGGCCUGAAGCCACUCCAACUGCAAUUGGCAGGUGUAGCGCCCUGCGACCUUCACUACUUGCAGGAAUUCCCGGUCAUGUUCCAAAGAGAUUCCUUGAUUAGUGAAGUAUUGAUGAUAAUAGUGACUCUGGGAUUGCCUUUAAUUAAAUCAGAAGAAUCUGAUUGAAUGGGUGAAAGUUGAAGGCCUGGACAUUGGGACGUCUUUACUGAUUUUUCUUCUUUUCCUCCUGAAACUCUGUUGGCACUUUCUCUUCUGACACUAGCUGCUAUGACUUUCAACGUCCAUUUCUGCCCUUUCAGUAAUGGAGGUGAGUGUGUGCCCAUUCUGCACACCAGUCAAAUACCUUGCCUUCAACACAACUUCCUAUGUCCUGUUCUGUAGCAUGAGUGAGGCCAUUCUGUGCCCUGUUACAAGUGUGGGUGCUCUGGUGCUGGAGGCAUGUUGAAGGCUGCGUCACUCGCUGAAACCGCCUAGAAUGUUUCAUCUUAAAUACAAACUUAGUGCAGUAGCAACCCCGUAGGAUCUGUCCUAAUUCUAGUGUGGGUUUGUUAACCUGCAGUCUUAAAAACUGAACAAACAUUUAUUCAGGGUUUGAUUAUCAUGUAUAUCCUAUAAGCAGGAUGUAAAUAAGAUGCAAAAAAAUUUGCAAAAAUCGCAGCCUAUUUAAAAAAAGAGGCAGUAUAUUUGAAGAUUUAUGAGGGCAGAGAUCUAAUUGCUUUAUACAGAAGCUGUUUUGAAUAUGUUGAUAUGUUUCCUUUCUCCACAGUAUAUAAUUUCUGGGUAACGACAAACUGUAUGUUCUGUAUUUCAGUGUUUCAUGGCACAAGCUUAAAUUAUCUGGUGAUUUUUUUUUUUUAUAUAUUAAAAUUCUCAGAACCACUUUAUAACAGCUCCAUCAUAUUUAAUCGCUCCCCUGCUAUUGGUUACUCAUUUUCUUCCAUGCAAUUUGACCCAACUCUUAUAGUUUAAACCACAUCCUUCAACAAACCAGAGAGCAGUUUGUACACAUAAGCUGUUGUUUGAAUCAUAGUGGAAUAUUGCAGAUGACAGUAAUGCAUGUCAGCAUGGCUGGUGGUGGAAGUUUUAAUACUGCCACUUGUCGGUCGUGAGAAGUAUCAAAGCUUGUAAUUCAAGUUAAAGAUGUACAUCUUGUACUCUUCUGCAUACUGACUGAUUCAUGGUACAUUGGUUGCACGUUUCACAUGCUGGUGAAGCCAAUUGCUUAGUCGGGGUGUCAAAUGUAUGAAGGGAGUCUUUGGAGACAACUGCACUGUGUGCGGUGUCCUUAAGUGCUGUUCACACAAUUCAAUGCUGUUAAGUAUUUAACAGAGUGUCUAUAUUCAGUUAGUAAAACUUGUACUGUACAGAUGUGUAUAGUCUCAGCUAUGAUACCAAUACUUUGUUUUGACUAUAAAUAGUUUUGUCAACUUUAUCAGAAUAGUGAAGGAAGUUUUGCCAUUUCAUGCUGGCACAAGUUGCACUACUGAAGAUACUCAAUUGUUUAUAAUUGUAUAUUUAAAUUUAGAAUUGUCGACAAUAAGUUACUGCAAGGCACGAGGCUCUUGCAGCAAGCUAUUAAUAAAUCAUAUUGUAUUAAUGGAAACCGCUGUAGAAUUUUUAAAAGAUGGAAAGAGGUGCACACUCCCUAUAUGUGUGUCUAUAGGAAGGAUACAGAGUGUGUGUGCAUGCGUAUGGGUGUGACUGAACAGCACAAAUUAUAAAAAAAACAGAAUAUUAUAAACUGGUUGUGUCUAAAUUCUACUUCUGUUGCCUUGGUGAACAGUGAAGUGGUUGCAAAAUGUCCUCAUUUUUCUGAUUAUGGGGGGAUGAUGCUGACAGUCGGAUUCCGGUGUUCCUUAGAUUUUUAUCACCAGUUCUCAAGUGUUUUAUUCUUUGCUGCCUGGUUCCUUCUGCAGUUGGCUGUGUGACGUGGGAACAUUUGCCUUGAGAAUUUAAAUCUUAUUUGGCUCUGGUUCCUGAGUCACUGUAUUUGUUUUCUCAGUAUCUAUGGUGCUGGUUCUCAUUGUAGUUUUUUUGUCUUUUUAAAUUGGGCAUCAUAAAGUCACCUCAGCUUGAGUGCACUCCACUCAUUUCAAUUCAACAUCAAGAUUCACUUGACGAAUGUCGUUAAUAUACUUUCUGCUAUGUUGGUCAAACUAAGAAUAUUUGGCCUUGGUAAUUGUAAAUCUUUACUCUCCCAGUCUUUUUAUGAUGCAGUUCAGAGCUCUCGUUAAUGAAUGAUGAAUAAUAGUUUAAUUUCUUCAUGUUGGUUUUGACAGCUCACUUCCAAACUAACCACUACAAUUCUGCAAUAAAGUGAGACUUUAGGAUGUGUUGUA